AUGUCGCUGGAAAACACCCGCCUCCUCGCGCCGGCCACGCGCAAGCCCGCCAUGCGGCCCGUCGUCUCCGUGCCCAGCAGCCGCCCGCUCAAACGCACCAGCUCGUAUAUCGAGCACCACGGCUUGGAGCCGCCGGACUUGGAAAACCAGAACCACCGGCCGUUCGACCGCUGGGCCUACGUGGCGUAUUACGUCCCCGUUCUCCGGUGGGCGCCGCGGUACAAACGCGGCGAUUUUCUUGGCGACGUGCUCGCGGGCGUGUCGCUCGCCAGCUUCCAGAUCCCGUUGGUCAUGUCGCUCGCCACGUCCUUGGCGCGGCUCCCGCCGCUCGUGGGUUUGUACUCGGUGGUGGCCGCGGCGCUCACGUAUGCAGUCUUGGGCGGCGUGCCGGUGCUUGUGGUGGGCCCGCUGCCCAGCACGGCCGUGUUGUAUGGGCAGGUGGUGGAGGGCCUCCGGCACGACUCGGCGGGCCGCUUUGCCGCGCUCUCCGCGCUUGAGAUCAGCGCCGCGCUCUCCGUGGGCAUGGCCGGCGUGUUGCUCGCCGCGGGCUUGCUCCGCUGCGGCUUCUUGGACAGCGUGCUCUCGCGCUCGUUGUUGAAAGGGUUCAUCGGGGCCAUGGGCGUCAUCAUGAUCUCCAACCAGCUCGACAUCCAGAUGGGCUUGGCGGCCGAGGCGCGCGCGCACCCGCACGGCUCCGUCGUGGCCAAGUGGGCGUUUGCGUGGCGGCACCGCGAGCAGGCGCACGUGAAAACCGUGUGCUUGACGGUGGCCACGCUAGUGCUCGUGCUUGCCGUGCGGCGCCAGAAACGCGUGUGGGUGGAGGUCCGCGGCCGCAAGGCCGCGGUGUACAUCCCCGAGCUCUUGGCCAUGGUCGUGGCGGCCACGGCGCUCUCGUACGUGUUUGACUGGGAGCUGCAGGGCAUCCAGGUCAUGGGCAGCCUCGCCAGCCCCGGCCCGCAUGGUGCCGCGCGCAGCGUGCUCGUCAACCCGUUCACGGGCGCCAGCCUCGGGCUCCUCAAGUCCGCGUUCGGCACGUCCUUCUUGUGCGCGUUGCUCGGCUUCUUCGACUCCACCACGGCCACCAAGGCCUUGGGCGCGCGGUACAACUACAACAUCUCGUCGAACCGCGAGUUGGUCGCGCUCGGGGCCAGCAACUUGGCCGUGGCGCUUUUCGGCGGGCUCCCGUCGUUCGGCGCGUUGGGCCGGUCCAAGGUCAAUGUCUUGGCCGGCGCCGCCACGCCCUUGGCGAGUGUGGUCAUGGCGCUCACGGUACUCAUGGCCAUCCUCUAUUUUCUCCCGCUCAUGUACUACUUGCCCGAGUGCGUGCUUUCGUUAAGCACCACCAUCAUCGGCAUCACCGUGCUCGAGGAGGUGCCGCACGACCUAGCCUUUUUCUGGCGCAUCCGCGGCUUCGGCGAGAUCGCCGUGUUGCUAGCCGUGUUCUGUGCGACCGUCUUCUGGAACGUCGAGGUGGGCGUGGUGCUAGGCGUGCUGGUCGCCGUGGUCCGCGUGAUCCGCAACGGCACCAGGUCGCAGAUCCACAUCUUGGGCCGCGUGCCCAACACCGCGGCGUUCCGCAACGCAGACGACCUCAUCGAGGAGAGUUUCCACGCGUGGUCCGACGACGACGCGUCCGACGCCAACUCGGCGACGCUCUCGGAGGUGGCCGCCGAGAUCCAGCAGAUCGAGGGCGUGCUCAUUGUGCGGGUGCCCGAGCCCUUGAACUUUGCCAACGUGGGCGACUUGCGCAACCGCCUCCACCGCUUGGAGAAGUUCGGCACGCUCCUGGUACACCCGUCGCAGGCGCCAAGAGAGCCCUCCGCCGCGUCCGGGACCCGCUUGAUUGUUUUUGACUGCAAGGGCAUGUCGGCCAUCGACGCAUCGGCCACCCAGGAGCUAUACGAGGCCGUGCGCCGCUACAAGGACGUCAGCCAGAUCCACGUUGCGUUUGCGCGCACGCCCACGCAGCAGCAGGUGAGGUCCCGCCUCGUUCGCCUGGGGAUCAGGGACAUCGUCAACCAGAGCAUGGACGAGUUCGAGGCCUCCAACCCAUACGGGGACUCCGUGCAGACGAGCGUCUCUGCCGGGCUUGGCCGGGGGUUUUUCCUCAGUAUCGACGAGGCCAUCCGCGCGUUUGGGGUCAAGGCUGCCUUUUGA